UAGACUUUUGCUCUUGAACAAUGACCUACGCCAUGAGAACUGACACUUUCGCUAAAUUAUUCUUCAUUAUCAGCGUCACAGGAUUCGUUAUGUAUGCGAUCCUUGCGUUCUACACCUUCCAUACGGCUUACACGACCGUGUACGACGUCCAAGAAGAUUACCAAGGAUUACCAUACCACAAUUAUAGACAUGGAGGCGAAUUAAAAUAUAUUCUCAUUUGGACUGACCCUGGCGUGCUAUUGACAACGUUCGAAGACGGACAGAAAGAAUUCAUGAAACGCAACUGCCCACAAACAAACUGCUUCUUGACAACCAUUAAGGAGUACCUCGGAGGUGAAUACACGAAUUUCGACGCGAUAAUAUUCGAUAUCAAUGUCCUACAUAGCUGGAACCAGUCAAAAUUUCCGCAGAAAAGGACCUCAAGACAGAAAUAUGUGUUUUAUAGCACGAUAGCAUCAGACACUGCUCCUAUUUGUGCGAUCCACGCUGAUAACUAUUUUAAUUGGACGUGGACUUUUAAGCUGUAUUCGGAUAUCGUCGCUCCAUACAUUGAAGUGAAAGAUUUUAACGGUAAAGUUGUGGCUCCUAACCCUAAUGUUUUGUGGAACCCGCUCAUGGUAAAUACAAAUUAUAGUGACCCCGCAAUCAUAGCAAAUAAAACGAAAGCAGUAGCUUGGAUCAUUAAUAAAGAAAUCACUAGAGUACCAAGAAAGAUAUUCGCGACGGAACUGCAGAACGCUUUAAAAGAAUUCUCUCUGAAAAUGGAUAUUUAUGGACACCGUAGAGCUUGUCCUAAGGAAGAUUGUAUGAAGGCGAUAGAGAAAGAUUAUUAUUUCUAUCUCGCUUACGAGGAUAGUGUUGAAGAAGACUAUGUGACCGAGGAAGUGCUGAAGGCUUAUCAGCACAAUACAGUGCCCAUUGUCAUCGGAGGAGCGGAUUACACACAAUUCCUUCCUUUCGGCUCCUACGUGAACGCCCGUUUCAUGUCAGUAGAAAAACUUGCCGCGUUCAUCAACUACGCUAUCAAGAACCCAGAAAUCUACCUCAAAUACUUCCGUUGGAAGAACUUCUACACCAUUGGGAAGACUCCGGCCGGGUACGGUAUCUGUGAGCUGUGCCAAAUGCUGAAUGAUGAUGACAAAAUGAAUGCCAAUAGUGGUUACGAGCAUUUUAGACAUUGGUGGUACUCAGGACAGUUGUCCGCGAGGUGUCUCCCGAGGGGGGCAAAAGAUGCAAGGUAUUUUGUGUCUUAUAUUAAUAGUACUAGGAAACAUGUCAAGCAAAGGUACUUAGAGAGACCCCUCUAUCCGAUAGUGGAGACGAAAUAGAUUGCAAACGUGUGUAUUUUUAACUCUUGACCAUGGGACAUACAUCGAUCUGGCUGCGUGUGGACAAAAUGUAAAUCAUUCAUUUUUAUUUUUAAUACAUUGUGUUAUGUUAUAAAAUAUAUAAAGCACUUGGAAUGUGGAACGUGUGUUCAACAUACAUCCUUAAGAAUGUCGUUAUUGCAUUCAACAUUUGCCUACAUAAAAUAAAAUUGGAGUCUAAGUUUAAUAGAAAUGUCAUGUUACGUUUAUACGACUGUUAAAAAAUGGUGCGAGAAUCGAAUAAUAUUUUUUUCAGUCACCACGAAAGACUGAAAAUUAAAUGAUUUUAAUCAUUUCACCGACCACACGCGCUAUAUGGCUAUCUCUAUGUGGCCCUGUCUCACUGUGAAUAAGUAUGAUCUGUCUGUAUGUGUCAUUGAAACUUUCAAGCGGCUGAACCGAUUUCGUAUUCUUUUUUGUGCAAAUGCUGCUUAAUUGAUCGAAAAUGAUCUUUUUUAAUUAAGAAUUUCGGAAGGCGGGUCCUUUCUUGUAAAACCAACUUUAUGACCGUCCAUUUUACCGUGUUAUGAUUUAUUUACUUAGUUUUUUUAUAUUUUUGUACUAAACAUUAUGUUAUAGAAAAAAACAAAAAAGAAAAAAAAUACUGUAAUU